AUGAGACGUUUUUAUGAUUCUUCAGCAUUCCGAGUGCUUUUCGCGUCUGUGGGGCUCCUCAGCCGCGUGGCCGUGGGGCACAGGGCCCCUUGCCGCUCGGGCUCCCAGUUCAACGUGCCCCCCAGUGCCCUAUUUGUGGCCCGGCCCGUGGGGAUCUGCUCCAUGAUGAAACUGCCAGUUCAGGCAUCGACGGAAGGACUGGACGCAGCUUUUGUUGGUGUCCCUCUAGACACGGGCACGUCCAACCGGCCGGGAGCCAGGUAAGGGCUGGCUGCGGUGCCAGGGGUGCCGAUGUAUGGCUCUGGCUGGCCAAUGUGGCUCUCCUCACACCUGGGAGACAUCGGGGACGUCAACGUGAACCUCUACAACCUGCCCGACAGCUGCCGCCUCAUCCGAGACUCCUACCAGAAGAUUGUGGCCUCUGGCUGCGUGCCCCUCACCAUGGGUGGAGAUCACACCAUCACGUACCCCAUCCUGCAGGCCGUGGCAGAAAAGCACGGUCCCGUGGGACUGGUGCACGUGGAUGCUCACACCGACACCGGAGACAGAGCCCUGGGGGAGAAGAUCUACCACGGGACCCCGUUCCGGCGCUGCGUGGAGGAAGGGCUGCUGGACUGCAGCCGCGUGGUCCAGAUCGGCAUCCGAGGCUCCUCCUAUGACCCCGAUCCCUACAAGUACUGCCGGGACCAGGGAUUCCGGGUGGUCCCGGCUGAAGAGUGCUGGAGGAAAUCCCUGGUGCCGCUGAUGGGGGAGGUGAGGAAGCAGAUGGGGGCCAAGCCCGUGUACGUCAGUUUCGAUAUCGAUGGACUCGACCCCGCGUACGCCCCGGGCACCGGGACGCCGGAGAUAGCCGGGCUCACACCUGCGCAGGCUUUGGAGAUAAUUCGUGGCUGCAAAGGACUGAACAUAGUGGGAUGCGACCUUGUAGAAGUCGCACCCAUGUACGAUGUCUCCGGUAACACAGCCCUCCUGGGGGCAAACCUGCUAUUUGAGAUGCUCUGCGUUCUCCCCGGCGUGAAGACAAUGUGAGGGCAGCUCCCACCUGCCCCAAGGACAACACAACCCCGACCUCAGCUCAGGCUUCCCACGUCC